AAUGAUAAAUAAAUGAGAGAGAAAGAGAAAGCAGUGUAAGAAUUUUGACUAAAGAAAGAAUUGCAUUUUACAAAUUGUGACCGCCAAAGACUCACCACAGAAAAAACUCGUCCCUGCAUUUCUCUCUCUCUCUCCCAUUUCUCGUGUGGGAGAGAAGAAGGCACCACGAAACAGCAACUGCUGCCCAUAGAAACUGUAAAUGGAGGCUUCCCAUUACGAUCAACGCUCCAGAUCUUCUAAACAGGUCACCACCAUUCAUGGCUUUGCCCAGUCUGGUGAUCUUCUUGCCUUCCAAAAGCUACUCCGUGUCAACCCUUCUCUUCUCAAUGAACGAAACCCUGUUAUGGCACAAACUCCACUUCAUGUCUCUGCUGGUAACAACAGGGCUGAGAUAGUUAAAACUCUGCUUGAAUGGCAAGGACCAGAGAAGGUUGAAUUGGAAGCCAAGAAUAUGUAUGGUGAAACUCCACUACACAUGGCAGCGAAGAAUGGAUGCAAUGAAGCUGCAAGAUUACUUCUUGCUCAUGGCGCUUUUGUCGAAUCCAAAGCAAAUAAUGGAAUGGCACCAUUACACCUUGCUGUAUGGUACUCGAUCAGAUCAGACGACUUCUCAACUGUUAAGACAUUGCUCGAGUAUAAUGCCGAUUGCAGUGCUAAGGAUAAUGAGGGCAUGACACCUAUGAAUCAUCUCUCACGAGGUCCAGGAAGCGAGAAACUGCGGCAACUAUUACAGUGGCAUAUUGAUGAGCAGAGAAAGAGAAGAGCACUUGAAGCUUGUAGUGAAACAAAAGCUAAGAUGGAAGAACUAGAAAAUGCAUUAUCUAAUAUAGUGGGAUUGCAUGAACUUAAGAUACAACUGAGGAAAUGGGCAAAGGGAAUGCUUUUGGAUGAGAGGCGCAUGGCCCUUGGGCUAAAAGUGGGAGUGAGAAGACCUCCUCAUAUGGCUUUCUUGGGAAAUCCUGGAACAGGUAAGACCAUGGUAGCUCGUAUACUUGGAAGAUUACUCCAUCUGGUGGGAAUUCUACCUACUGACAGGGUAACAGAAGUACAACGCACGGAUUUGGUUGGUGAAUUUGUUGGUCACACAGGACCAAAGACUAGGAAAAAGAUUAAAGAAGCUGAGGGUGGAAUUCUUUUUGUCGAUGAAGCAUAUAGGCUUAUACCCAUGCAGAAAGCAGAUGAUAAGGAUUAUGGGUUAGAAGCUUUGGAAGAGAUUAUGUCUGUCAUGGAUAUUGGAAAAGUUGUGGUCAUAUUUGCUGGGUACAGCAAACCAAUGAAACGCGUAAUAGCUUCUAAUGAAGGCUUUUGUAGAAGGGUUACAAAGUUUUUCCAGUUUGAUGACUUCACUCCUGAAGAUUUAGCCAAGAUCAUUCAUAUCAAGAUGAAUAAUCAAGAAGAGGAUGGUUUGCUUUAUGGAUUCAAUUUACAUUCAAAAUGCAGUAUGGAAGCCAUUGCAAAGCUGAUAGAGAGAAAAACAACAGAAAAGCAGAGGAAGGAGAUGAAUGGAGGUUUAGCAGAUACAAUGCUAGUUAAUGCUAGAGAGAAUUUGGACUCGAGGCUUGAUUUCGACUGUAUAGAUACAGAGGAACUACGUACCAUCACCUUGGAGGAUUUGGAAGCCGGUCUUAGGCUAUUAUCACAAUGAAGAGGAUAGGGAAAUUAUAAGGAGAAGAAAGAAGAAAGAAGCUGCAGUAAUAAUUUUGGUAGCGGGUUCGGAGGUUAACUUUCAUGUGCCUUAAAUUUGGCAGUGUUCCCAUAAAUCAGGGUUUGACAAGUUAGUUAUUGCUCAAAGUUCUAUACGCAUGCAUUUUCCUGCAAAUUGUCAUCAAUUAUGAUAUGAAUGCAAUAAUUUAAACCCUCCUAUUUUAUUAAA